AUGGCUAUGGACUCACCUCUUGCUGAUCCGAGCCAGCCGCUGACGAAAUUUUUGCGCAAUGCUGAUGAGGUGUUUGCCAUCAUCUUCAUAGUAGAGAUGGCCAUCAAGCUCUUAGCCAUGGGCUUGAUAUGGGGUGAGGAUGCCUACUUGAAAAGCGCCUGGAACUGGCUCGAUGGCGUGGUGGUGAUGGUGUCCAUCAUCAACAUGGCCAGCUCCAGCUCGACGGGCUUCCUGAAGACGCUUCGCAUCCUACGCGCCUUCAGACCACUGCGCGUCAUCUCGCGAAACGAGAACCUAAAAGUCGUGGUGAUGACCAUCUUUGCCUCCAUGCCGCACCUGCUCACCUUGGUGAUUGUGGCAAUGCUGUUCCUCCUCAUCUUUGCCUUGUUCGCGCUGUCCUACCUGAAUGGCACGUUCCUCAUGUGCGACUUAGCCACAGAGCCGGGACCCUUCAGACAUGUGGGGCUCGACUUCGCGACUCCGCUCUGCCUUCCUCCUCAAAUAGAUCAGACGUCAGUGGCAGGUGCUCUACCACAUGGCAAGUUCCAAACAAGCACGUCCAAGUGGGCUGGCAACGAUACCACCUGCCCUUCCUCGCACAACGUGGAGUACCAGCGGGCAACAGCUGACACGCCCAUUUGCAUUGGCCGCUGCCUGCCCCAAGGGUAUUCGUCGUUUGCACAACCCGAAUGGCUCUGCCCAAAGGCAUUGACCAUGACGGAAGAGCUCCCAGCCGUUUGUGGGCCAGAAGUCAACAGGACGGUUUCUGACGCUGAGCUACGAGGUGUGGCUUAUGUCACGCAAAUGACUCGCUCCCUGGUGCUUCCGUGUGGCGGGAGCACCGUGAACUCCACCGGCCACAUGGUACUCACUGCAAAGUCGAUGAGCUGUGCGGACCUCUUCUGCGGCGAGGUUGACGAAGAAGUGAAAGCCCAAUGCCAGACCACAUGCAGACAGGCUCCAUACUUCUGCGUGGAUGCCUGUGCACCGGGUCUAGAAAACAGUGCCCAAUGUGAGUCCUGUGUCUACGAGUGUGAGGCGCAGUGCAGGUGCCCUGAAUUCUGCGAGGGCUUGAUCCGAGACGCGGCACUGUGUUUGGAGCAGGGCUCAAGGUGGGUGCCGACCAUCAGCCAAAACUUCAACAACAUUUGGUUUGCGAUGCUCACGCUGUUCGAGAUAUCGACGACAGAGGGCUGGGUUGAUGUGAUGUACUCUGCUGCAGAUGCUGUACAACCCUACGUACAGCCUAAGAGAAACAACCAGGAGAUGCUGUGGGUUCCAUUCUUCAUGCUGUACCUGUUCUUCAGCAACAUGUUUAUCAUCAACCUGAGUGUCGGCGUCAUUGUGGACAAGUUCAUGUCCAUGAAGCAGUCCAACACACAGGCGCCAUGGGCUCUCAACUUGCAGUUGUGCGAAGCUCUGACCUGCUGGGCACAUAUAUAA